AUGGCCGGCUCACCAAACUCCAACCUGCGCGGUUUCAACCACGCCGUCCACACUCUCCUCCGACAACCCACGCAAUUCCUCCCUCAUCUCACCAUUCCAACCUUCACUCAUCUCCCCGAGAACCUCGGCCCUCAUCUCCUCAAGGCAACACCAACAUCAACAUCACCACCAGCCCGAACCCCAACGAUCCGCGCCCUCGUCCUCGACAAAGACAACACCCUCUGCCCUCCCAAAACCACCACUUUUCCCCCCUCAAUCAUCACCAAACUCUCCGCCCUCCGCACCUCGCCCACCUCGCCCUUCAACAUGACCCACAACCCACACGCCAUCCUCAUCGUCUCCAAUCGCGCCGGCAGCCAUCCCACUUUCGACUCUGAAGUCGCCUCCCUCGAGUCGCAGCUCUCCCACCUGCAGAUCCCGGUCUUUCGACUCCCCGCGGGCGCGGCCAAAAAGCCCUUUUGUGCGGAGGAAGUCGUGCAGUGGUUUCGGGACCGCGAGGUCAUCUCGUCAGCCAGUGAGAUUGCGGUCGUGGGGGAUCGGUUGGGGACGGACGUGUUGAUGGCGGGCAUGAUGGGGUCGUGGAGUGUGUGGUGCAAGGAGGGGGUGUUUGAGGUUGGAGAGCCGGGCAAGCCGAGGAGGAACGUGUUGGAGAAGAUGGAGGUCUGGAUUGAAAGGUAUUUGAGGGAGUGGAGAGGGUGUGUGGCGCCGGUGCCGGGGGUGGGAGAGUGA